UCACUGCGAACAAAAGUCACACUUACAUUUCAAUGAUGAGAUUGGGAAAUAAGGAUCUCUACCAACAUUUCAAGGAUGCAGGACUCGAUUUGGCAAACCUUACACAUCGCCGCAAAAUUGAAAUUAUUUCCGUUUACUUUACCUGGAUCCGUCUGAUAGUGAAUACCUGGCAGUUGAGCUCCUACUGUCUGGAUGAAAUCACUUUCACACUUCAAACUAUUCAAUUUUGGAUGGUGUACUGCUACAAUUUGUUUAUUGCUAAUCAAUAGUUGUAAUCUGCAAAUUAACGUUGGGAUUCACAAAAGCGGAAAUAAAUAAAUAUUUCAUAUUGGCAAUCAUUUGCUAUAUAUGCAUAUCUAAAUGCCA